AUUCAAGAUGGACGACGACAGUUCGUUUGACACUCUCUUAGCGCGUGCGACGAACCCGCUGAGCCGGGACCUGGACGUGGCCGCGGUGCAGCAGCUCUGCGACCGGAUCCUGGUGGAGCGGGACGGCACCAACCACGCGCUGCGCUUCCUUGCCCACAAGAUCCAGUCUCCGCAGGAACGGGAGGCCAUACAGGCGCUGCUGGUUCUGGAAGAGUGUGCCACCAGAUGUGGAGCCAAGUUCCAGGACGAAGUGUUCAAGUUCCGCUUCCUCAACGAGCUCAUCAAGGUCGUCUCGCCCAAGUACCUGGGAAACCGUGCCUCCCAGCGGGUGAAGCAGAAGAUCAUUGAGAUGCUCUACCGCUGGAGCAUCGAGAUGAAGCACCACUCGAAGAUCCAGGAGGCGUACCAGAUGCUCAAGAAACAGGGGGUCAUUGCCGUCGACCCUGUUUACGUCAUCGAGGAUUGUGAACCCAACCCUCCACCUGCUCCUAGGACCCAAAGUGCGGUGUUUGAAGAUGAAGAAAAGUCUCAGAUGCUUCAGAAACUACUGCAAAGCAAAAAUCCAGAGGACCUUCAAGCAGCCAACAAGCUUAUUAGGAACAUGGUUAAGGAGGCGGACAGGCGAAUGGAGCUGCUCGCGCGGCGGACGGUGGAGAUCGAGACAGUCCACAACAACGCAAAAGUGCUCAAGGACAUGCUGAACAACUACCGUCCCGGAGAUACCUCAGCGGAAGAGAAGGAACUGAUGAAGGAACUGUUCGAAAGCUGUGAGCGUCUACGCCCGAAGCUGUUUAGGCUUGCCGGGGAAAUGGAGGAAAAAGACGAGGGCUUGAACGAGAUUUUGACGGCCAAUGACGAGCUGACCAAUGUCAUCAACGUCUACAAGAGGGCCAUGGGCCUGGAAAUGACUGUCAAUGGAGGUGCUGAGGAAGGCAUACCGAAAGCCCGUGCUUCAAUGGCUCAGGGGGCCUCCCUGCUGGACCUGGGGUCACCGCAAAUGGCCGAGAGCGGAGGACGCAGACAAUCGCAGAGCGACAUGUGCCUGCUGGACGACCAGCUACUGGCACUCGGAAUCAACGAUCCCGCGCCAGCUCCACCGUCCGCCACCACCGCUUCAACCGGCGUCAACGCCACCAACGUCGGCUCCACGAUGGCCGAGCUGGGGACGAUCUUCGGAGCCGCCCCGUCGCCGGGCAAUAUCGGCGGCUCACCGGGGAACUUUAUGAGCUUCGUCGGUUCGGGGCCGUCGGCCGCGCUGGCCGGUCUCGGCGUGCGGAUGGGACCGGGCGGCUACUCGCCGGCGCACCAGGCCGGGCCGCCGCAGAUGCUCACCCCGUCGACUGCGUCGGUUGCCGGAAUGUCGCCGCUGAAGCCGUCACUGGUCGCGAUUGGCCAGACGGUGGCUGCUGGCAGCGUUUUGGGUGGUGCACCUGCCCCGUCAAAGUCCAAGGGCCUUGAAGAGAUCGACGCUUUAGGCCAGUCCCUGAUCAAGCAGGCUUUGCCACACCACCCAGGCUCCCAGGGGGACUUUCCAAACAGCACCCCGCAGAAGAUUCCGCUCAACCAGAUCCAAAAGUCCCAGCCGCCGGCCGCAUCUGCCGUCGGUGGCGCCGGCGUCACCGGCGCUUCGAACGGCGUCCCGUCUUCCGGGAUGGGCAUGCUGACUUCGGCGUCGGCCAACCUUGGCGCCGCCCCGCCCAGCCUCCUGGACCUUAGCCCGGCAGAUCGGAUUGGAUCUCCCGGCAAGAGCCCGUCUUCGGACCCGCUCUCUCUCUCCGACGUGUUUGUGCCCCUGGAACUGGUGCAGCCGGGCAGCCAGCUGCCGUUGACCCUGCACGACCUCAACGGUGUGAAGGUGAUUGUGCACUUUGCAAAGAACCAGCCGCAGCCCCACGUGAGCGUCAUGGUCGUCUCCACCAUGAGCACCAACACCAGCUCCGUCAAGAAGGUGCUCUUUCAGGCAGCCGUGCCCAAGACAAUGCGAAUAAAGCUGCAACCUCCGUCUGCCACCGAGCUGCCCCCCCACAACCCCAUCCUGCCGCCGGCGGCCAUCACCCAAGUCAUGCUCCUGGCCAACCCCUCCAAGGACAAAGUGCGCAUGAAGUACAAAGUCAGCUACGCAAUCGGAGACGAGACCCACACCGACGUUGGGGAGGUGGACUGCCUCAUCGAGACCAGCUCAUGAUUGGCACCGGGGGCGAUUGGGCCGUGGCCCCACGCCUUCACAGAGCACCACCUCAUGCUUCAAUGUCAUCACCACGACGGCCACCAUCGGUGACCGUUGACGAGCAGGCGACCUUCAGUACACAGUGACGUUCACGGUGGGGGUGACUAUGUCGGGAUGACUGCUACUGCGACUGUCACACUUGAGCGACUCUCACCAAAUGUGCUAGUGUGACUGUCACAGUGGUUGUCACGGUGCGAUUGUUGCAGGAGUGGCCGUCACAGCAGGAGUGAUUGUCUGUAUGGAAGCCAUUUGCCAUAGCUUUGGUCUUGAGUGAUGAUCACAGAUUAGGCGACCUGUUAAUGACUUUUUUUCACACCCAUGAUUAACCAUUUACUUUCAGUCACUUGCUGCUAAAGAGCAUGAGAAAUCUAUAUUUGUUGUUUUUCAGAACGAGUGUUUGAAGAGGAUAACUAUGGCAGGCUUACCAACUUUCUGCUGUCAGAGUGUCACAGUGACAAUUUGCUACCAUAUUGACAGGAUAUGACUGACUGUCCCAGUACAAGUGAUUGCCACAACGCACAUUGUGAGAGGCAUACAUACCGGGAUAGCCGGUGUCGCUGUGACAGUGACUUGUCACUGCGAUGAACCCAAAGAUUUCUGUCAUGUCUGGCACAAUGCAAAUAGCCAAUCAUUCCCUCUGUGACUGUCUACUCGCUGGCAACAACCCACCGUUCAUGCAGUGGUCAUUGCGAAAGUGGCUGGCGAAUGCUGAAGUGUCUGGCGCACCUCAAGUUGCCGAUCCAUCGUGACGUUUAGAGCAACACAUUCUUUUCCCUUUCCCUCUGUAUGUUUUUUCUGCAUGUAUGUACAAGUGAGUUUGAAAACAGAAAGGUAUGUGUGUGCGUGGUAUUUAAUCGUGGAAUGGACUCCUGCUAACCUCCAGCUGUCAGGAGCUUUCUGUGCAAGUCCAUUUGCGACGACCGAUUAUGGAAACUACUUUUUGUUACUCUCAGCCAGCUAAUGGGAGCAUAUUCACGCCGAACUAGCCGGAUUUUCGUUAAAAUCAUAUUGGACUUUGGAGUAAACUUUCUUCAGUGUGCCGUUUUUUUGCACAGCUAUGAAGAUGAUCUAUAUUUUGGUUGAAGUGAUAUAGAGUAACAUAUUUCUGGACAGCCCAGCUUUUCUUUAACCGUUAGAAGAAACACUCAAAUUGCAGAUUUUCGUAAAAAACUUGGCAGGCAGUGUCUUGUCGUUGCCACGUGUGUAGAAGCGCGAAACCCUGGUUGCAUAGUUGCAUGCAACCUCUCCACACACACAGUUUAAGCUCAUGUGCAGACAAUUACCCUUCAGGUGCAUGGGUUUGCUGCAAAGCUGAACCGAAUAUGAGGUCUAAGGCCAGUUCACGCAUGCAUCUCAGCACCGAGAUAACGAAGAGUUGACGCAUCAGUGCUACUGUCGGUGCUGACUCGGCACUAAAUUAGCGCUGCAUUGUGUGUCUAGGCCGUAAAAGGGGGGGUCACCUGCAGUGGAGUGCUGAUGCAGCAAAAAGUCGGCACUGUGUCCACAUUGCUGAGUUAGUGUUGUGGUGUAUGUGUGAAUGAGUCUAUACCAUCAUUAUUGGCCCCUUGAUCUUGGCCCCAUACAGUUGCGAAGAGAGGUAGUGCAGAAUGCUCCAAAGUGCUUCGUUGCUCACGCAAGCCCAACUGCACGGCGGCGUGCAAAAUAUGUGGGCGCAUGGCUUGAGCGCUGUCUCUUAAUAUCUGCACGCGCAGAUUUGGCAUAGUUACGAUGAGGAGACAGAUGUUCCUCCUAACAUCACCAGGUAGCGCUAACAAGCAGGAUGAACUAGAGUCACUUGAAGGGUUUGCCAGAGUAGUACCACAUCUGACCUCUGCUCGUUUUCUCAUUGGCCAUUUUUCUUUUAGAUGUUCACAAUGGAAGUGUUUCAAGAAUCACAGGUUCUAGCCUAAAGGACAGCAUAUGACAACAGGGCCUUUUUUAUUAUAAAUUGAUGGUACAAUGUGUGAGUCACAGUGUGCGGCUUUUAAGUAUUCCAGUGGUCUUCUGCUAGCUUGACUGGUAGGCACUGCUUUCUCCCUUACAUGUGCGAUCCAUACCUUUCUAUUCUUGCUGGAGCAGCCUUUGUUUCUCCUUCUAGAAACCAUCGCUAUCGUUGCAGUAGAAAAAUUGCAGAUGCAGAUCACUGUUGCCAUAGUGCUUCUUUUUUAUAGUGGUACCUCGGAAACUGCUUCAAGUGGCUCAAGGGCAAACACGUCGGCACAUUCUAGUUUAUAGUGUCCACGGCUGUAUCUGGUGUGUGCUCUUUUCCCAGUUUCAUAGAUGCCAUUUGAGUGCAUCACGUAGUAGGUCAUACUCUACUGAUGCCUCAGGCAUUUGAAAGAUCUUUGAGACACAAGCAUGUUGUCAGGUCGGUUAGGCAACGAUAGCAGUCUUUGAUCGAGCAAGCUGCUGGACUGAUCCUCUACUUACCAAACAGAAGAGGAUCAAAAUAUAGGAUGUCUGAAAUCCUGAGGCUUGCUCGCAUAUCGGUCAGAUAAAUUAACGGUUAAAAACGUUUGCUCCAGCCGACUUAACACUAUAAAAGCAAAAAGAUGUUUCGCCACCUAUGCAGGUGGCAUCUUCAGGAUGAACUGGUGGGAAUGAAGCGAGAGUCCUCUCCGGCGUCAUUCGCAUCAGUUCAUACUGAAGAUGCCACCUGCAUAGGUAGCGAAGGUGCCUUUUAGUGGUACAUUUAACCUCGUGAAAUUUUCACGUGUAACUCCGUAAAAAAUGAGAUCAACAAACUUGCUACAGUCAGCGGUGAACACGUACAGACAACCAAGUUAGCGACGUUUGUAUUCUGUGGCACCAUGUCCCAAUAGACGGCUUGGUCGUCUGCUUGCUGCAUCAUCUGUCGAGAGAUGGCGCUACAAGUAGAGUUCAGUAAAAUAAAAUGAGAUGUGGGGCUAAAACCAAGAGACAGAUAGAGGUUAAAUCUAAUUCAAUUGUCUUAGACAUUAUCACCCAAUUUAAAGGGUUCGUCCGCCUCAGCAUCCGCCGCUGACCCUGGGAAGUUUGAUGGUCUAAUUAUUGUCACAGGAAGAGCCAUGGCCUUGAAAUUUGACAAGGUAAAGUGCACCAUUAAACUGGACCUUUGGGGAAAAUUUGGAAUGGCUACGUGCAGGCUCGUGCUCCUCAACAUAUCGGAGUUGUGCAGGCACCUCCUUAGCUUUCUUAAAAUUCCCAAGUUUCACAAGAAAGGCUGCUUCGCACACUUACGACGGAGCGCCUUAAAACAUCUUGGGAUCUCCUAUGACGAGGAAACAGACUGGCGCCAUCUAUUGGAUAGUUAUGGAACACUUCACAUUUCUUGUCUUUUUUUUAAUUUUUGGUUCGAAAUAUUUUUGACAGUUGUAUAUGAACGACCAUCUCUCGUAGGUAGCGUGUGCACUUGAUCCCGCGAAAAACGCAAAACCUUCGCUCUGGCGAAAUUCAGCUUCAGGGUCACCUCAUAGGCGGCGCCAGCGUGCCAGUGUGUUCUCUCGUCCUAAGAGGUAGCAGGAACUCGGUCGUAAACAAACGCAGGCGUGUGAACAGGCCUUGACUUGCAGCGUAAACUGCUGCGGCGGGCUUUCUAGACUAGAUUUUUGACAGCGUGUGGCGUGCGUGCAAGAGGGAGUAUGGGUUUUCCUAUUUAUGGAGGGCUGUUUUAAAAGGGUGUAAAGAAAGCGGCAUGGUCUGGCGACAGUAUUGUUCUUUUUUUAGUUUUUGGAACAUUCCAUGCCUGCGGAAGCAAGAAAAAAAAGCUAGUCAUCUUCAAUACGUCUAGGAUGUUGCGAAUUGAUGCGUAGAGUGCAACGUCGGAAGAACAGCGGGGAAAAAAAAAAGAAAAAAAAAAGCGUCCUUGUUUCGUUUUUUUCUCUCUGGUUCCUCUGGUUUUUUGUAAGCGUAUUUCCUUCCCUGUUGAAAAUAAAAUGUUUCUAUGCAUCAAGCUA